UGGGUAGGUAGGAGAAGACGGCUUCCCUUUCUUGUCAGGGCAUCAGCAUGACAGAGUGCUUCCUGCCCCCCACCAGCAGCCCUAGUGAACACCGCAGGGCAGAGCAUGGCAGCGGGCUGACCCGGACCCCCAGCUCUGAGGAGAUCAGCCCUACAAAAUUCCCUGGAUUGUACCGGACGGGUGAGCCCUCGCCUCCGCAUGACAUCCUCCACGAGCCUCCUGACAUAGUGUCAGAUGAUGAGAGAGACCAUGGCAAGAAAAAAGGGAAAUUCAAGAAAAAAGAAAAGAGGACCGAAGGCUAUGCCGCCUUUCAGGAAGAUAGCUCUGGAGAUGAAGCCGAAAGUCCAUCCAAGAUGAAGAGGUCCAAGGGAAUCCAUGUGUUCAAGAAACCCAGCUUCUCUAAAAAGAAGGAGAAGGAUUUUAAAAUCAAAGAAAAACCCAAAGAAGAAAAGCACAAGGAAGAAAAGCAUAAAGAGAAGAAAUCUAAAGACUUGACAGCAGCUGAUGUUGUUAAACAGUGGAAGGAAAAGAAGAAAAAGAAAAAGCCGAUUCAGGAGCCAGAGGCGCCUCCGGUGGAUGCUCCGAGUCUCAGACCCAUUUUUGGCGUUCCCUUGGCUGACGCGGUAGAGAGGACCAUGAUGUAUGAUGGUGUUCGGUUGCCGGCUGUCUUCCGUGAGUGUAUAGACUACAUGGAGAAGCACGGAAUGAAGUGUGAAGGCAUCUACAGAGUUUCAGGAAUCAAGUCAAAGGUAGAUGAACUAAAAGCGGCCUAUGACCGGGAGGAAUCUCCCAAUUUGGAAGAUUAUGAACCUAACACUGUAGCCAGUCUGCUGAAGCAGUAUUUGCGAGACCUUCCGGAGAAUUUGCUUACCAAAGAGCUUAUGCCACGUUUCGAAGAGGCUUGUGGGAGGGCCACGGAGAUGGAGAAAGUGCAGGAGUUGCAGCGCCUGCUCAAGGAGCUGCCGGAAUGUAACCACCUUCUGAUUUCCUGGCUCAUUGUGCACAUGGACCAUGUGAUUGCGAAGGAGCUGGAAACGAAAAUGAACAUCCAGAACAUCUCCAUAGUGCUUAGCCCAACCGUCCAGAUCAGCAACCGUGUCCUGUAUGUGCUCUUCACACAUGUGCAAGAGCUCUUUGGCACCGUGGUCCUAAAGCAAGUAACAAGACCUCUGCGUUGGUCCAACAUGGCGACGAUGCCCACACUGCCAGAGACCCAGGCCGGCAUCAAGGAGGAGAUCCGGAGACAGGAGUUUCUUCUGAAUUGUUUACAUCGAGAUCUGCAGGGUGGGAUAAAGGACUUAUCUAAAGAAGAAAGGUUAUGGGAAGUACAAAGGAUUCUAACUGCUCUCAAGAGAAAACUGAGGGAAGCUAAAAGACAAGAGUGUGAGACCAAGAUUGCACAGGAGAUAGCCAGCCUUUCAAAAGAGGAUGUGUCCAGGGAAGAAGUGAAUGAAAACGAGGAAGUUAUAAAUAUCCUGCUCGCCCAAGAGAAUGAGAUCCUGACUGAGCAGGAGGAGCUCCUGGCCAUGGAGCAGUUUCUGCGACGUCAGAUCGCCUCGGAGAAGGAGGAGAUCGAACGCCUCCGAGCUGAGAUCGCAGAGAUCCAGAGUCGCCAGCAGCAUGGCCGGAGUGAGACUGAGGAGUACUCCUCUGAGAGCGAGAGCGAGAGUGAGGACGAGGAGGAGCUGCAGAUCAUUCUGGAAGACUUACAGAGGCAGAACGAAGAGUUAGAAAUCAAGAACAACCACCUGAACCAGGCAGUCCACGAGGAGCGGGAGGCCAUCAUUGAGCUGCGCGUGCAGCUCCGACUGCUCCAGACGCAGCGAGCCAAAUCUGAACAGCAGUUGCAGGAGGACGAGGAGCCCGAGAGGCGAGGGGGCGUAGGCCCACCGCCCUGUGAUGGCGUCCUGGAGGUCAAAGCAGCUAAGGAGCAGGUGAAGCCCUCCCCCAGCAAAGACCGGAAGGAGACGCCCAUCUGAACUGCGUGCCGGGCCCUGUGCAUCACUGUAAGCGAGUCAGCUGACUGCUGUUCAUGCUGACAAGGGCCUCAGAUCUUCCUCUUGCACACCUCUGACUCCUCAUCAGGCUCAGGCCCUGGGAGGCAGUGAACACACUGGGGCUUACAGGGGACACACGCGUUUCCAGAUAGUGUCAGCUUAUUGGAAAAUUAAUUUUUCUUUGUUAAAAAUAACUAUUUUAACCCUUGAGUGGCUUCUUUUUAAACCAAAAAUCGUCUUUCUUUGCUUUUUUUUUUUUUUUUUUUAAAUCACAGCAGAAUCAGGAUCUCUUAUGGAAGGGUGGGAACCAAACCAGGCCCCUUCUGCACCUGCCUUGUGGACGCUCGUGGUCUCGCAGGCCCACGGGGCCCUGGCUACUCUUGAUUGUGCCUUCCACACCUUUCGGUGCAGAUUGUUCAGUGAGGAGCCGCCUCACAUUUUCUGACUGGGUGACCCUUCACCCCCCCCCACCCCCCCGUAUCACUUUGCUUUUAUGGUUCUGAAUCCAGUUGGUCAGUGUGAGUCAUCAGGAUGACCUAGUUUGGUUGCAGAUAGAGAGGGUGCCUGUGGAGCCUGCCCCUCACUGCCAGGGAUCAGCAAAGGCCUUUUCACUGAGGUGGUGAGAUGUGACCACCUUGACCCUGAGGCAUUAACACAAAGGAUGCUUCUGAAAUCGGAACCCUUUUAUACACCUGACCUUCCAGAGUGACCCCAGUUGUUUGCAUGGGCUAGGGUGUGCACGCCUCUGCCAGGAUAAGCCAUGUACAUGUUCUCCCGCAGAAGUUUCCACUCUCCCUCAGACAAAUCUGAGCAGCAGAAAGUGACAGCUGCAACUGAUCCCACGUUAUUUUGCUCCUAGAUCAGGUGACUGCUCCAAGGUGUGUGGGAGGCCUGACUCUUAGGCAGAUUGGGUAGUCAGGUGAGUGGCCCCCUGGGAGGUCCCUUGUGGCUCUGAAGAGGACUCCACACACUAAGAUGAGAAGCGGACCCAAUGAGGGCUCUAGUCUCCCCUCCAGCUAGUAUUUAUUUCAGCACCUGUCCGAUGAGAUUCUUUUUAGUCUCUGCCUACCUAUUGCACUGUUGUGAACUGUUGGCCAUUAUUUGAUUUUUGUACGGGGGGAAAAGCUUUGUUAUAGAAAUCAGCAUACUAUUUUUUUAAAUCUGGAGAGAAGAUAUUAUGGUGACUGGAAAUAUGGUCAGGUGUCAAAUAUAAGCAUACAAACGCCUUGCUGUGUCCUGUCAGACAUACUACAUUCAUUUUUAUAUUUGCUGGCAAUAUUGAAGACUUCUUUUUGUUUGUGUAAACUCUAAUUUCUAUCACGGUAUCAUGGGUUUUUAAAUUAGUAUUUCAUUACAAACGUCUCAAUGUUGGUUAA